GUAUAUGAAAGGUCGUUUAAAAUGUGAUCAGAUUAAUGCAGCUGUUCAGGAUAUAAACAAGGCUAUCAUGGGCAGGUACAAGAUCCUACAUUGUCCUCUGAAAUCUGUGAAUGCAUCAGUCAGAAAUCUCUACUGCAGAAUCAUGCAAGAAGAAACUGAGGAUACAAAAGGUGAAUUUUUUAUUGUGGAGGAUGAUAUCAGAGAGUUCACCCAAAUGAAAGUAGAUAGGCGCUUCUAUAAUAUCAUCGCUAUCCUGCGCCACUGCCAGAGAGUGAGACAAGUUCGUGGCUCAGGAGUCACCCGCUACAUCAUCUGCUAA